UUUUUUGCUUUUUCUUUCCUCGACGAAACUUUCGUGUUGGAGCGCGAAAUCGUUUGGUCGUGGACUUCAUUGAACUGGAACGCGGCUCCCGUACCGAGUUAUUCCGCACUCAACCUCUGGCGUCAUCAAAUCAAGCCCAACGUCCAAAAAAAUUUCCUCGACCUUCAACGGUAGUCUAGCACGGCUUGACACUUGAUACCGGAUUUAUCCACCAAGGGCACAGAGUCUGCGCUUGCAGAGAUUCGAUCAUCAUCACUUUACCAGAAUUGAUCGGAGAGGAGAGUUCCUACGUCUUUAGUCGACAUUCGAUUUGCGAUCUAAAAGUCUGGGCACGUCGAAUGUUCCUGCGCUCAAGUACAUCAACACCCGCCUUCCUUCCCCACUCUCGAUUAUGGACACUUCCCACUACAACCCGAAUGCUCUGAAUAACAAUUCACCAUACGGCAAUCUUCCAGGGAUUUCUCCACACCAACUCCAGCAGAACUCCAACAUCCCCCAACAUACGUUACCCCCACUGCAAGCUCCACAGCAUGCCAUGCAGUCCCUCUACGGCAGCGCACCGCAUACUCCACGAACUCCAGCGACCCCGAAUACGCCUGGAUCAGCGAAUCAGAUGGGAUUCCCCCAGAUGCAAGGUCAACAGCAACAGCAGCAGCGUCCAAACCAGAUGAUGUACAGCAAUAACUACCAGCAAGCACCACAAGGCUACCGCACCUCAGGUCCGAUGAUGAACUCGGCACCCACCGCCAUGUCUCAUCCGCAACCCAUUGCUCCAGCUCCGGCGCAGAAUCGAUUAGCCCAACCGCUGCGGCCCAUGCCUCCAAACGGUCUCCAGCACAUGUCGGGCAUGCAAUCUCCCUACCAGAAUAGUAUGAUGAUGCCAGAAAUUGAUCCACCAACUCACGUUGUGGGCUCUCAAGGACGACGAGGCAUUCUUCCCAGUGCUCCGGGUCGGCCAGCUGUGUCGGCAACUGCAACAGGCAAGAAUGCAAUGAUUCCGGCCAAGGAUGCUGAUGGAAAAUUCCCCUGCCCUCACUGCACAAAAACAUACCUUCAUGCUAAACACUUGAAGCGUCAUCUUCUGCGACACACUGGUGAUCGGCCAUACAUGUGUGUACUUUGCCGAGACACUUUCUCGCGAAGUGAUAUCUUGAAGCGUCACUUCCAGAAGUGUUCUAUCCGUCGUGGAAAUCCCACAGGUGCAAGCCACUUGUCCCACGCGCAAGCACACUUGAAGAAGUCGCACCCAGGCCCCCACAAGAGCAGCAACUCAAUGUCAAACGAGAAUGAUCUGAUGGGUACCAACGGCAUGGCCGGUCAGCCUUCUGGCAUUCCAUUAUUUGGGGUCAUUCCCGAUGGUAGCGUCCCUGACGCUGGCUCGAACUUGACAGAUGAGCAAGCUGAGCAGUUGUCCCGAUCGAACAGCAUGAAGCAGCUCAGCAUGGGUGCGGGACGUGAUGGAAGAGGCAUGAAUGGGCCCGGUGUAGGAGGAUCGAAUCGAGGUAGUUUCGAUCAAGGCUAUGCCGGUGGAAUAGCCAGCACCAUGCCUCCCGGUAUGAAUACUCCACUGUCGUUCAGUAUACCCCAGGGACAAAACACCCACUCAUACAGUCAGGGCUAUGAUUAUGCCUCUCAUGGCAACGGUUCCACCAUGCAAUCGCAUUCCUCUACCGGACAAGAUUGGCCUCAAAUGUUCGCCCAUAACCAACAAAACAACUUUGUCAACCCCUACAAUCCAAAUAUCUCCACCUCACACGUAGCCAUCAAGACCGAACCGUCCCUCAACCACCACGCGAACGGUCUACCAAUCAUCAAGAACGAACCUUCUCUAAACCACAUCACCAACGGUCUCUCGUUCCCCGGCGUUUAUCCUGGCCUUACGAGUGGCAUCACCAAUCCUUCUCAAUUCUCGUCUUGGAAUCUCCAAAAUCACCCCCUAGAAGAGAUUUCAGGUAGAUUGUUAUAUUUCUGCUUUCCCAACAAUCAGGUCAUUGGCCGGAGCAAUGACAUCAGAAAAUACCUCUCUGCCGAUAACAUUAAGCAUUUCUUAGAGCAGUUUUCCAGCUUCCAGGGUCACUUCCCGAUCAUCCACAUGCCAACCUUCCGAAUCGCAGAGGCAUAUGACGGGCUGCUGUUAAGUAUGAUUUGCAUAGGAGCUGUUUAUUCCAAUCGCAUGACUUCAACCCAAGUUCGAGAAAUGAUGGAACUUGCAAAAGUGGUGAUUGAACGCAACUCUCAAGUCUUUGCAGCUGUUUCCAGGGAGCAAACUGGUGACUCCGGAUUCGGUGGUGAACUCAUCGGCGCAAGCAAAUCCGAACUGGAACAAAUUACUGCGGUGUUCAUGAUGCAAGUAUUAUUUACAUGGCACGGCACCCCAUUGCAGCGCGAAAAGGCCCGUCGUGAAUUCCCUCUGGUUGCUGAGCUUGCUAGAAGAGCAGGUUUGCCCAGACCCAUGACGACUACCCCAUUCAGCGUUCUCCAUCAAGCAAAUGUUACAGUCGAGAAUUUCAACGCUGCGAGCUUCGAUUGGAAUGCCUGGGUUGAACAAGAGAAGCGCUCACGCUUGAUGUAUACGAUCUUCCUCAUAGAUGCCGCGAUGGUCAUCUAUUUCAACUCCUCCCCAUUAUUUGAGAGAGACGAGAUUCGCAUUCCACUGCCCGCGGACGAUGCUGCUUGGGACGCGCCUUCUGGUUCUGAAUGUGCUAGCGCUCUUGGUCUCCAUGGUGCCGCCGUUGCCCGAAACAAGAAUGUUGAGGGAAGUCGUCGCCCAAAGCAACCUGAAAUGCACGCUGCUUUGAAGGCUCUGAUGGAUUACAACAUUCACCCUGGAACUACGAACCUCUACUCGAAAUUCAUUCUUGUACACGCGUUGCAUGUGCAAUUAUGGACUGCUCAGAGACAAGCAUCUCUGCUGGAGUCGGGUCAGCCAUUGUCAUUCCCUUCCAGUGGCUCGAGUACCCCCAUUCUGCAGCAUGACUGGGUCAGAGGAAUCGAUCCUACCGGCAGUGGACCGCACAGCGCCAACACGAGUGGAAGAGUGACGCCUGUAGACUCGCUCAACCAUUCAUCUCAAACACUAAAGGCUAUCAACGGUGCGUUCGAUAAGUGGAAGAAGGCAUGGGAUGAUGACAUGGCGACUCAAUACCCACCUUCGUCUACACAAUACCGCAGAUUCGGAUUUUGUAGGGAUGCGGUACACUUCUAUUGGCUCGCCAAGUACUUGAUGAAGAGCAAUCGUGGAUUGGACUGGCAGAUGGCUCCCGACCAGCGUUUUGCACAAGUCAUGAGCAUUCUCAAGUCAGUCAAGACUUGGGUCGUCUCUGAUAGUGCCAAGCGUGGAGAGGAACUUGGUUCAGUGGCAGACAUUGACAAAGAUUACGGAACAAUGGACCUAACCCUUGACAUGGCUCAAUUGUUCAGGAAGAUGACUGAUGCAGACUCGCCCGUUACCGGUGUACAUACGAAUAUUGGAGGCGGAAUGGCAUAGACAUGGAUGGGAGGCUACAUAUUAGAGGAUUUGCAUUGCGUGAGGGCGUUCUUGCUUUUUAUACGUUUCCCAUGCCACAUGGACAUGGUUUGAUGCAUAUGCAUCUAUGGAAAAGUUUGGCACUUGAUUGUGCUCACGAGGUUGGGUCAUCUUAAUGAUGAGCUAUUGCAUGGUGGUGGACUUUUGCUUUCUAGACUUACGAAAAUGCGCUGAGAUAGAUGGACGUUGCUUUGCAUGAUGGGCUGUUGCACGGAUUUGCUAGUGAGUUUGGAUCUUGCCUUGGAGCAAGUUGUGCGUAGAAUGUAGAUAGCAAUGAAUAGCUUGCUACUGAGUCUGAAAUUUGCAUUAAAUUAGAACUCCCAUUUCUAUUUGAGGCAGAGAUUAUUCUGAUGACCCAAAGGCUCUCUGGCCAU